AUGCCUGCUGCCACUCUCUCAGCAAGGUCCGCUCCCUCUGCUAGUGCGACCAUCAUCCCAACGUCGCCUUCGACCUCGGCCGUCCACCAGCACCCCAACUAUCACAACCAUCAUCGCUACCAAUCUCAGCAAUUAUACCCAGCUCCUCAUCCACAACAACUAUCUCAGCAACAGGAUCAACCUCAAAAGAAGCGAUCGACCUUUAAGCGAUUUUCUGCCCCUACACCAGCACGAAAGAUGGAGGUGUUGACGAUACAACAGCAAGAGGCGUUGCUGCCGGCCGUGCCUUCGACCACAGGUGGCCAUUACCCCUCUGCAUUGGAAGGAACAGGCCAUCAGCAGGUCAUUGGCAGCACUUGUAGAGGCAGGGGCAGAGUCGUUUAUGACCCCAACAAGCCUUUACCCGCCAUUGUUGCAGAGGGGGAGAGCGACGAGGACGAUGGCCACAGCAGCAACAUCAACAACAGACCCGCAUCAAAUGAACCCGCGGUGCAUUCUUCCCAGGGGCAGUCACGCCUCCCACCUGUCCCUCCUGCCAUCGUUUUACCGACACUUUCGUUACCCGCUGCACCGACCCCAUCCUCCUCCUCGAAGCAACCAACCUCCUCUCCUACCGCGUCCUUACCAGUCGUGGCAGAGGGAUGGCCUCAUCAACAGCAGCAGCAGCAGCAGCAACCUGCGGCAGUGGUGAAGAAACACCAGCGACGCAUGUCCUUCUUGCCCUCGUCCCUUAUGACCUCGAACCUUGCCAAAUUUAUCAGCGGCAAUGGUAGCAAUAAUAACACCAACAACAACUCCCAGACGGCUACUUCUCCGUCGACUGGAUCAUCUACCGGAGGACUAACUCUAACAUCAUCUUCGAAUGCUGCUGCAGCAGGAGGAGGGGCAAAUCCAGUUGAAUUGUUUCAGGUCGAUGGCAUUCUCCAUCACGGCAGGAAUCCUCUUAACAACACCAUCACCAGUGCUACUAGCACUGCUGGUGCGACGAAUACGGCAUUGACGAUCGAGCAGUUCAAGUGGAGCAUGAUCUGUUGUUGUAACGAGAUCAAGACUCGAGUGUUCAAGCAGCAACAGCAGCAACGACUGGGCUCACUGCAGGACGAUGCCCCUCAUGCACCACCAUCCUUGGGCCAGAAACCAUUUCCCGACUCCCAUAACCCCUAUUCAGGUGCUGCUGCAUUACCACCAACGGCCUCGAGUAACAAAAAGGCGGACAAGAACAAGUCACGGUCAUCGAACGGCAAUGGUGGCAACAACGGCGGUAACAAUUCGGGCAGUGGAAGCGGACACCUCUCGUCGGCAAACAACUCGUACAAUAUCGCAGCGGCUAUCGAACAAGCAGCUCAGGAAUCUCGUGCGACUUUGCAGGCGCUGUUGAUGGUCAUGACGUCGUCGUCAUCGUCGAUGGGGAUGGAAAAGGACCGCGAUGGCUUGGAUCCCACAGUUCUCACGAGUAAUGUCCAGGCUUAUCGUGGUUCGAAUGCAACCUCAGGAUCUCAAUCGCAGAACCAGUCGCUGUUGUCGUUGAUCGCUACUGGUGGAGGAGUAUCCAUGUCGGCAACAGGAGCAGCGCCACCUAUGCGAUCCCACUCCAGUCACCACCUCUCUCGCUACUCUUCCCACUCAGUCUUGUUGACGGGUCCUACGACCACCCCAGGAGGACAGCCGUCUACAGGUGGCGCGCCGACGACUCCUCUGCGGAACAACAAGCCGCAGUCAGGAAUGGCCAACUCCUAUGCGCAAGCGACCAACGCCAUCCUGAAUCCGCUCUCGUUACAGGACCUGGCAUUGUUGUUGGCGUAUUUGCUGUCGAUUGCUCCGGAGCAGUGGAUCCCUUGGCAUUUGUACGACUUUUUUGUUCGACCGCAAGGAAGGAGUUACAAGGACUUGAUCGAGAUGAUGCCGACGCACAGUCAACGGAUCUUGAAGGCCUUGUUGGAGACGGUCGAGGCACUUAUCGACUAUGCGACUGUCGCUGGACUCCAGUAUCAGAGGACUCUUUCUCAUCAGCAGCAACAGCAGAGCGGACCUGCAGGGAAGCAACCGACAUUGGCGCACUUGCGGUCUAGGAGCGAAGUCGAUCCUGGACACAGUCGUAACAAUGGAGGAUAUGGUGUUGGCGCGAACCCCAUGCUGAGGUCUGCAGGAUCUUCGAUGCUCAGUCUUGCCAAGGCCCUUACGAUUCUGGAGCCGCCCUUCUCCGCUCAGGAACUGCAGCAACUCCAACAACAGCAACAACAGCAGCAGAUGAAACAGCAACAGACGGGUUUGCACCCUGCAGCGCGUGGUGGUGAUACGGUGCAUCAGGAGAUUGCAUUGCGGGGUCGGAAACGACGUGUGAUUCUGGACAGUCUUUCAGGAUUGGUCUUUCGACCACGGGCGAAUGAGUCUCACCGUGGAGAUGGUGGUGCUGUGGGGGCGAUGGGGGUCUUGAUCGAGUCGCCUACCGAAGGUGGAGGUGGUGGACUUUUGUCGCCGGAAGAGAAGAGUAAUGGGGGGAAGGGCAAGGCGAUGCGGAGGAGGAGCUUCUUGGGCGCCGCUACGAGUAUCACGCCUUCCGGGUCGUCAGCAGCAGCUGCUGGAGGACUUUCACCGGCGGCUGUGGCGUUGCAGCUUCAGAUGUCUGAACGUGAACGUGAGGCGAGUCAUUUGGCGUUUGAUAACUUGGUGUCUGCGUUCGAGACUGAGUUUGUUCGUUCUUUGCCAUCUUUCGUCGCAGGAUCUGGAACUGGCGCCAAGGCGUCGGCUACUACCACAGUGGGAGGAGUCGAAGCGGGUACAGAGUCUCAGGAUGAGCUGCCAAACGUGACAUUGCCGCAGAGUCUCGCAGCUGCCGGAAGUGUUGCCAGGAUCCGGUCGUCUGACGGCGUUGCUGUUGUUCCUGGGCAAGGAAUUGAUCGAUCUUUCACGUCGCCGUCGACAUUGCGGCAACAGCAGUCCUCUCCACGACAGGCGAGGUCAUUACCGACGGCAGUCUCGGCACCCACGGAUCUAGCAGUACGGUCCUUAUCGUUGCCGCCCUGGCGCAAGACGCAUCAUUCUGCGUUACAGCUUGGACAGCACCCCCCUCCCUCUCCUGUCAGUCCCAGCGUUGCUAGUGCAGCGAGGCAGGAGUGGUUGCCACAGUAUGCGUUCCAAUCCCAGUCAUCAUCACAACAGCAGCAGCAGCAGCUUCCCCCUCUCCCACCGCAGUCAUCAGCAACAGCAGUAACGGGAACGGGAGUAGGACUGGGACCAGUGCCAUUGAACACGGCUCUGACAGUCUCAACGAACAGUAUUGUGAAGAGUCCGUCAGAAGAGCUGACAGAGACGUUGCAAAAGCAACCGCCGGUGGUCGAACCAGCCCCGGUGUCGGCUUCGGGAUCGACAACUACCUUGCCUGCGGUUGUUCAGUCGCUUGCCAUUGCGGGAGCUCCUGUGUCUGUAAGGACCCUUGGGCCUAGAUCAGGAUCUGUCGUUGCUUCCGAGAAGGCGCCUGGCGAUCUUGAUGCUGAGCAGGAGACUGUCGAAGUGCGUCCCCGAGGCGGGGUUGUCAGACCUAUAACCGGCCCUGCUGUUGUCACACCAGCACCUGCGACGCUACCAAGAAGAACAUCCCAACGCUCAUCAACCCGCAAGACCCGUCCCAUGUCCCUCGACAAUGGCCAGGACUCCGCCUCUUUGAGCAGCUCCAAACUACUUCGGACGAGGACAUUAUCAGGAACGAUCUCGUCGACUUGGACGGAAUGGAAGGACCACUUGCUGGUCCUUGAGGAGGAGGAAUAUGUCAUUGAGGAUUCCUCCGAGUCGCCUUCGAUCUCUUCUGUCACUUCGGAUUCUGAGGGUUCUCUUCUUUCGGAUUCUGAGGAUGAAGUGUCUGAGGGUGGGAAGGGAAGUGGUGGUCAUGAUAAUGAACAUGGACAUGAACAUGAUGAUCAUGCUGGUGAUGGGUCUAGACGGAGGAAGGAGAAGAGGCAGGAGAGGCGGAGGCAAAAAGAAAGGCAAGAAGAUGCUACGCCUGCCGCUGCGGGAGGAGGCGAGGAUGGGAGAAGAACGAACAAGUCUAGUGGGACAUUUGGGGAUUUGAGGGCUUUGGCAGCCGCGAUUGCGGCCAGUCAACAGCGUCAGCAGCAACAGACGCAGCAGCAACGAGCUGGUGGUUCUGGUGCUGGAGGAGUUGUUUAA